GUGCCAACUACUAUGCACAAAUGAAAAGCGUGUGUCGCUUGUUUUCUUUUUUCUUUUUUUUUUAAAACUUUUUUUUUGCUUUGUUUCUGUCGGCUGCGGCCAAGCCUCUCUCUCACUUUCUCUCUUCACCCUAAAGCUGACAGGGAAUUUGCCAACCAACAACCAACACCUAGGUAAGGUACCGCCUAAUUACCUGCUUGGUCAGUGUCACCUACCUGGUCGAACUGCCAGAUUGUAGUUGCCCGGGUAAACUAAGUACCAGCCAGCAGGCACUUGGUCCUGGCUUCCAUUUGCUUUGCACUUGUACUUUGUGGCACACCAUCUUAAAACUGGGCAAAUCCUGAUCGACUCAGCGAGCAAGCCGCGACCAGAAUAAAAAGUAAAUACAACCAGCAAAAGAAUAAAAUCCCGUGUCCUGGUUCGGUCCCCUACCUUCAUCCGGUAGUUACAAAAUUCGGCGCUCAAGCCUCUCCACAGCAAGCACGAGGCAGCAGUUUGAUUUGUUGGUGGUCUUUUUUUUUGUUGGUUUGUACUUUGUAAUUACAACCUUGACACACUUGUCGGAAUUUCACUACCGAGUUUUGGCGCAAGUUUGCUGGUUUAAUUGCUUUUUUGCGAAUACCAGGGGUUUUGUGGAUCAGUCAAGGGGGCUUCUUCACACCAUCUUUUUUAUUCUUUUCAUAUACGUACCUAUUGGUUUGAUUCACACAAAGCCUGUGUGUGUGCUCUGUGGCUUUGGAGAGAGGCGAUGGCAUCCAACCCUCAAUUUGCAAGGCUAAAUGGUGCCCCCACCGCGGCUUCUGUGCCCGCCGGCGACGACACGUGGGACGAGGCCAAGUAUGAGGCGAGCCUCAAGCACCUGCAUGAGCUUCAUCUUCAGCUACGUCGACUUCGAGCCACAAUCCCUCGAAUGAUCGCCCCCGCCACGGAAAAUGUUGUAAACCCUGCGGAGCUCUUUCCAGCCCUGCAGCAAUCAAUGGCAUCCGGAGUCAAGGACGUUAAAGACUUCAAGGACUCUAUGUCCAGUAGGGAGACCAACAAGAUCAUAUCACGAGCAUAUCAAAGCAGACAAAAGAACCCUCUCCAAAUCAAGCCGUGGCGGCCAAAGGACGAUUCAAACUGGGCUCAAAUGGACCUGGACUGAGAACCUCGGCUGGUUUCUGUCGUUGUUGUUUUUGUCGUCCUCGGCGCCCCUGGCCCGCAAUGACUCUUGAACAGGCUCAUUCUCGACAUUUCGAUGCUUCUACUGACUUUUCAGCAACUUCAUUUACGUCAUCUUGCAUGUUUUUAUCAAUCAAGUCAUGAGCACUGGCUUCUGGGAUAUUUUUACUAUCUCUAAUCACAGGAAAUGCCGAUAUCAAGAGGAUACACCCUCUAACUCUAGUAAUAAAACGAUACAGUCCUCGUUCUCGUAUACUUAUUAGGCGUUACAAUUCAUCAGCAAACAACAACGACACGUUACUUGAACG